GUAGACAUGUACGCAAAUACUCGAUAUGAGCACAUUUGCGCAGAUUACAUAACAGGGAAUGUAAAGAACAAUUGUCGAGCCUCCACCCCGUAGAAAAUUCCACCGCGUAUUAUCUCCAACUUCGUCUACACAAAGAUGCUAGACGGAUCAUAUGCAUGGAUUUCAGCAGGAAAAGACGUGAUGUUGUUCAGGUUCCUGGUCGUCCUCUUUGUGUCGUCCACCGCCGCAGCCCACUCAACAUCUCAUGGUUUCACUCAUGAGCCGAUGCCACUCCAGGGCCUCGUGGGAUAUGGUAUUUCCAUGUACGAACCGUCUUGUGCAUUUGGCUGUCAAAAGAUAUUGCAAAAAAGUCAACUCGGCUGCUCUACAGCGAUCGGAAGCGUCCCCGGUUUCGAAACAGCGGACCAAUGCUAUGCAUCCAACAAACCAUACUUACUCUCGCUAGCAUCUUGUCUUCAUGAGCACUGCGAAGAGCCUUCAUGGAUGGUUUCACGUUUCUGGGCUACUCAGAACGCACACCGGCCAGCGUAUGGCUUCAGAGAAGCCCUGGAUCUCAGCGGUGACAGCCCUCUUGAUGUCUUAGUGCCAGGCGCGCCCUUGAAUAACCCUCACGCCAUCACACGGGACGACUGGAAGACUGCAGAUACUUCUAUGCACGAUUUUGCGCACACCGAAGCGAAAAGCUCUGAGUUUGCGCUGCUACUAUUCUUCACAAUUCUCGUGGUCCCUCUGCUUCUGAGCUCCGCCGCCUGGCUUCUCUUUGGACUUUCAACCCGCUUUGAGAGAUGGUUCCUCGUCCAUUUGAUCUAUCCUCCGCUCUUUCGCCAGCCAUCACCUCUCCUGAAGCGUUUUUUGCACGAAAAUGAUACCCCUACUCGUGGCCAGGCGCUUCUCAUAGUCGCAUACACUUUCCAGAACCUGCUUUUUUGCUUCCUCGGCCACUAUGUCCGGUGGCCCAACAUAUAUUUUGACACGGCGCACGGCGCUUUCUUGGACACUCUUGCCAACCGCACUGGUCAUCUCGCUUUUGCCAAUCUUGCGGGACUGAUAGUGUAUGGAACACGUAACAAUCCCCUCAUCCGAAUCACUGGCUGGUCCCACACAACAUACAUCCUGUUUCACCGGUGGAUCUCGUACAUAUGUAUUAUCCAUGCCCUGACCCACACCCUUGUCUACAUCGCACUUCAUCUUCAAGUUCUAUCCCAUAAAUUCGCGGAGCCGUACUGGAAUGCCGGCUUCUUAGCCUUCUUAGCCUUCGCUAUCAUAGGCGUCACAUCAUUCUCUGCAAUACGCCGGUCUCAUUACGAGGUUUUCAUCGACAUUCAUGUUCUUAUGGCAGCUGCUGCACUAAUUGCAUGCUACUACCAUAUAGACCUCAAGUUCUCUCAUCGCUGGGGCUACGAAAACUGGAUUUAUGUUUCUGUUGUUGUGUGGGUGACCGAGCGAAUUGCGAGAGCUUUAAAGAUUGCUAGAAAUGGUCGCUGCACAGCACUCUGUACGGAAAUCGAUGGCGACUAUCUCCAGCUCUCCGUUCAAGGUCGCCCUAUGGCUGGAAUGCUGUACUUGUAUCUUACGACUAAGGCUAGAUGGCGGGUUUGGGAAAAUCACCCUUUCUCAAUUGCUAGCUCGGUUGCCCCUCCCGAUUACAAUGAUCAAGGUACAAUGGAUCAAUCUCCUGGACCAGAGGACCCUGUCUUUGAUCUAGCGGAAACCGAUUCUGAAUCAAACUGCGAAUCCAUCACGGAGAUCGAUUACGCGGAAGAUUCAUAUCUGCAGGGUGGCACACGAACAAAUCCUUCGAUUGCUCUUGGUGAACUCACUCCCGCCCUUCCUUCUGCUACUGGAUCCACAUUACCGUUGCUUGCCGGGGAUUUCGAAGGUAGAUGUGCUGCGUGGCGUGGCACACUUCAAUUGAUCAUCCGUCGCCAGAGUGGGUUGACUGGUCGCUCGCUUGCCAGCAGCAACGAACUCAGCCGCAACACGCUGCCUGUCCUCGUGGAAGGGCCAUACCAUUCACAGAUCAACGUACUAGAAAUUGCUGCUACGUCACCACACGUAGUCUGCAUUGCCGGAGGUGUCGGCAUUACUGCUAUACUGCCCCUGCUUCGUGCUCGGUCGGCUGCCUCUCUUGGUCGCACAUCACUAUAUUUUGGGACAAGAACAGAAGCCUUGGCCCGGUCCUGUGGAUUAUAUGAUCUGCAUCAAGAUGCGCCGAACCUCGAGGUGCACGUCCGCAUUGGGGCACGGUGGCAAAUGGACCACAUUGUACGGCAAGAACUUGGUGAGGUGGAUGAAGGAUUAGUCGUGGUUUGUGGACCUCGAGCUAUGGUGAACAGUGUGAGACUAGCGGUGCUAGACGAAAAUAAGUGCAGAACCCACGGUAUCAUUAGGCUGAUAGACGAACAUUUCAGUUGGUAAUAUUUAAAACUUGGAGUGAUGGUAAUUCCAUAAUAUGUACAAAAACUAGCAAAACCCGCCUCACACAUAAAACCCGCAUUUCUGUGACGGGAAAUAGUGGCGAUUUGAUGGCAACGCAGCGGGUACAGUCAACGCCAGCGGCUGUGGCACUAUACUCGACUACUUGCUCUACUUCAGCCAGAACAAUAACAACACAACAUGCAGCUAUCCACAAAACAUUCCCGGGGAAGUAUUGGACACUCUACAUGUCGAUGUUGAGAACAGAUCUGACUGAAAUAGAGCAAGUAGUCGAGUAUAGUGCCACAACCGUUGGCAAUGACUGUACUCGCUGCUUUGCCACCAAUCACAUCUUCACUACACCGUGUUCACGCUCAUAUGAGCUGAGCUCAUGUACUGUCUGUCGAGAAUUGAAUGCGACGAGGAAGUUU